CGUUUAUAAUAGUAGCAGUUAGUUAUAUACUGCUUUUCUUCUUCUUUCUCUUACUCUUUCUCUGUUUCUACAAUGGAUUUCUCUGCAAUCAAGAUUCUGUUCAUCUUCAUCUUCAUUUCUUUCAUAUACCCAAAAACCUUAGCUCUCAUUUACCCUCAAGAUCUCAUAACCCAUGAUUCUGUUUUUGAUUUUUCACCAUUUUCGCCAUCUUUUUCGAUAUCUCCACCUCCGAUUUUUCCUCCUACUACAGAACCUCUUGUUCCUGCUCUGUUCGUAAUUGGUGAUUCGUCAGUUGAUUGUGGUACCAACAAUUUUCUUGGAACUUUUGCUCGUGCGGAUAGGCUUCCUUAUGGACGUGAUUUUGAUACUCAUCAACCUACUGGACGUUUCUGCAAUGGAAGAAUCCCUGUCGAUUAUCUUGCUGCGCGUCUUGGGUUACCAUUUGUGCCAAGUUAUCUAGGGCAGGCUGGUUCAAUUGAAGACAUGAUUCUUGGUGUUAAUUAUGCUUCUGCUGGUGCUGGCAUUAUUUUCUCAAGUGGCUCUGAAUUGGGUCAGCAUAUCUCACUUGCACAGCAAAUAGAGCAGGUUACUGACACUAUUCAGCAAUUUAUAAUGACUAUUGGUGAAGAAGCAACAGCUGAUCUGAUAUCAACUUCUGUGUUCUACAUUUCGAUUGGAACCAACGAUUACAUUCAUUACUAUCUCCGCAAUGUAUCUGAUGUUCAAUCUGUUUUCUUACCCUGGAGUUUCAACCAGUUUUUGGCACAGACAAUGAAACAAGAGAUUAAGAACUUGUACAAUGCAAAUGUCAGAAAGGUGGUUGUAAUGGGACUGGCUCCAAUAGGCUGUGCUCCUUAUUAUCUUUGGCUAUACCAUAGCAAGAAUGGACAGUGUAUAGAAUCCAUAAACGACAUGAUACUGGAGUUCAACUUUGCUGUUAGAUAUAUCGUCGCUGAACUCAAUGAGGAGCUUGUUGGUGCCACUGUCAUCUUCUGUGACGCGUUUGAAGGUUCAAUGGACAUCAUUCAGAAUCACGAUCGUUAUGGUUUCAAUGUUACAGAUGAGGCUUGCUGUGGUUUAGGCAAAUACAAAGGCUGGAUCUUGUGCAUUUCCCCUGAAAUGGCAUGCAGUAACGCCUCGAACCAUAUCUGGUGGGAUCAAUUUCAUCCGACUGAUGCUGUUAACGCGAUCCUUGCUGACAAUGUAUGGUCCGGCUUACACACACCUAUGUGCUACCCAAUGAACUUACAGGACAUGUUAGCUCAAAGCACCAGAUAAUUGGACCAAGACACAUUCUCAUUCUAUGCAUAUUAGCAUUGUCAUUUCUGAAUAUAUGAUCACUGUAUAGUUGAUAUAGCAUUCUUUUUGUGUUCUAUUUUUGCGAUUAUAACGCGGAGAGCCUUGUAAAUUUCAGUAUUCCUUUCCAGCUACAGCACAAAAACUAGGAAAUGUAGCUGUGAUAUGUCUGCAAUGACAAAACUCAUUAUGUCAGUACAUUCAAGUCAUUCACUACAAGUGUAGUAUACUUCAGCUUGAGAAAUUUCUCAACUUACCUGA